AUGUUCUGUGGCACGGCUGCUAUCAGUAUACAUCGGCUAGUAACAUCGCUCAGAGUUAACAGAAGUCAUAGCACCAGGUGCGGAUCACGAGCUCUUAAUACCGGGACAGCAGGAUUAUUAGCGGCACAGAGAAUUCAGCACAGCGCUAAUUUGCAAUACAAAAGAACUCAUAGUAAUAGGCCGGCAAUCUACUCAGGGCCUCCAGUGUCAGACAACAAAACAGCAGCAAGCAGAGUAUCAUCAGUGAGAAUGGCAGGUACAGAUAGACUACAACAGACGUCUCAGAUUCUUUCACGGUCGACGUCGCAGCAGCUGGUGAUGGAACGCCCGUUCAAGGUCACGGUGAUUGGAUCGGGCAACUGGGGUACCACGAUUGGGAAGGUUAUAGCGGAGAACACGCAGUUGCGUCCGCGGAUGUUUGUGUCACGUGUUGACAUGUGGGUUUUCGAGGAGGUCAUCGACGGCAAGAAGUUGACGGAGAUCAUCAACACGGAGCACGAGAACGUCAAGUAUCUACCGGGGAUCAAGCUCCCUGAGAAUUUGGUGGCGAACCCCUCGUUGGCGGAGUCGGCCAGGGACGCGGACAUUUUGGUGUUCAACAUCCCGCACCAGUUUCUCCCCCGGGUGGUGGACCAGUUGAAGGGUCACGUGAAGCCGGGCGCGCGCGCGAUUUCGUGUCUCAAGGGCUUUGAGGUGGACCAGGAGGGGGUCAAGUUGUUGUCGUCGUAUAUCGAGAAGCACUUGGACAUAGCCUGCGGCGCGUUGUCGGGCGCCAACUUGGCGCCCGAGGUUGCCAAGGGCAACUGGUCGGAAACCACUGUCGCGUACACAAUCCCCAGAAACUUCCGCGGGACCUGCAGGGACGUGGAUCACGUUGUUCUUAAGAGCCUCUUCCACAGACCCUAUUUCCACGUGUCUGUCAUAGAGGAUGUGGCAGGGAUUUCGGUGGCCGGUGCCUUGAAGAACAUUGUUGCCUUGGCCUGUGGCUUUGUGUUGGGCUUGGGUUGGGGUAACAACGCUGCCGCUGCGGUCCAGCGCAUUGGUCUAGGCGAGAUGAUCAAGUUCGGCAAGAUGUUCUUCCCAGAAUGCAAGGUGGAGACGUUUUACCAGGAGUCUGCCGGAGUCGCGGACUUGAUCACCACCUGUUUCGGCGGCAGAAACGUGCGGAUCGGCAAGGCCAUGGCCACCACGGGCAAGACCGCAAAGGAGUUGGAGCAGGAGCUUUUGAACGGCCAGUCGUCGCAGGGCAUCUACACCACAUCCGAGGUGCAUGAGUGGCUAGAACGUUGCGGGAAGUUGGAGGACUUUCCUUUGUUUGAGAGUGUGUAUCAGAUCGUCUACUGCGGUGCGUCUAUGGAGCGCUUGCCGGAGAUGCUUGAGAAAGUUGAGCAAGCGUAG